AUGUCUGAUCAACCAAAUAACACUCAUACUCUCCAGUCAAAGGUGCUUCUCAUCACCUCUUACCGGCAACCCAUGAAACUUCCCAACAAUACCCAAUUAACAGAAUUGAAUGAGUUUGAGAAAUUGGCAAUUCGUUCGCUUCUAUCAUACAUCAUCCGUGUUCUUGUACGCGAUUACUGGAUUUCCUUUACGUUCAAUGAAUUGCAUGCGUUGUUAUUGGAUAAUCAGGACUACUCGCAACUACUUGGCGUGCUUUGUGGAUUUGGAACAUCUGCUGAUUAUAGAAUGAAAGGCCGUGUAAGAUGGGAUGAGGCUAAUCUGGGGGAAAUUGAAGAAAAUAAACCGGUGAGGCAGAAAAUCACUGAGCCGAAGACGCCAUAUCACCCCAGGAUUGAUGAUGAUGUUGUUGCAGGAUCACUUUCUCCUGUAGGGGGUAGUUUUGAGGAUUCCACCGUUGAUGCUGUGCAUGCAGAAGCAAUCCGUUCUGCUUUGAAUGAUGUGGCUUCUUCGAGUGGCAAAAGCCCUCUGAUGUCUGGUGGCUGGACAUCAUCUGAUGAUGAGGCAGAGCCUAUGGACCAAGAUGAUGGAGGUUCUGGAACAGAUAAGAACAGCAAAAAGUUUAGGGAGCUCAGGCGAGCUCAUUACGAUGAAUUCCGAAAAGUGAAAGAACUCCGGCGAAAAGGUUCGUUGCUUGAAGAUGCAUCUGAUGGGGGCGAGGAUGAUGACGACGACAACAAAAAGGAUGGGAAGCAUGACGCAUCAUCUUCGUUAACUGCUGGUGUGAAAGAUAUAGACAUCGAAGGCAGUUCAGAUGCAACCGGUGGAGGUAACAAAAAAUGCCAGGGAAGACCUUCCGCCUCUUGCAAAUGGAGCUGACAAGCUGCCCGUACAGCAUUUGGAAGUGAUGGGGUUAUCUGGCAUUCUCAGUAACAGUUUUAUUAACAAUCAGGGACAAAUCUUCUAACUAUGAAUUUGUGUCUUGCUAAAUGCUACUUUUCUUGUAAAAUCUUCAGCAGAAAAGAUGGAGCAAAUAUUGCAUGGA